AUGGAUAGGCCGGCAAACGUUCUGGACUAUUACAUUGGUGUGGACGUUGGCACGGGCUCGGCCCGUGCUUGUAUAAUUGACCAGACUGGUGAUAUCAAAGCUUUGGCGACAGAGAACAUCAAGCUAUGGCAGCCCGAGACAGGCUACUACGAACAAUCGACUACUGAUAUCUGGCAACGCAUCUGCGAGUGUGUUCGCCGCGUGGUGACCGAGUCUGCGGUCGACCCCCAAUCGAUCAAGGGCAUUGGCUUCGACGCCACCUGCUCCCUGGCAGUUUUCUCCACUGACACAGAUGAGCCCAUCCCGGUCACCGGUCCAGACUUCAAGAACGAUGGCAGCGAUCGCAAUGUCAUCCUCUGGCUCGACCACCGCCCCGUCCAGGAGACGGAGAAGAUCAACAGCACAAAGCAAAAGCUGCUCAAGUAUGUGGGCGGCCAGAUGAGCAUCGAGAUGGAGAUCCCCAAGGCCCUGUGGCUCAAGAACAACAUGCCCCCCGAGCUGUUCGACCGCUGCAAGUUCUACGACCUGACCGAUGCCCUCACCCACCUGGCCACUGGGAACGAGACCCGGAGCUUCUGCAGCACCGUCUGCAAGCAGGGGUACGUCCCUGUGGGUGUCGACGGAAGCGAGAAGGGCUGGCAGCAGGAUUUCUUCGAGACCAUCGGCCUGGGCGAUCUUGCCAAGGAUGACUUUAAGCGGAUGGGUGGCGUUCACGGAGUGAAUGGCACCUAUGCCAGUGCCGGUGAAUACAUCGGCGGUCUAAGCCGCGAGGCCGCGCUGCAGCUUGGUCUGCCCCAAGGCGUUCCCGUUGGGAGCGGUGUCAUUGAUGCCUAUGCUGGCUGGAUCGGCACCGUGGGCGCCAAGGUCGACCUUGGUGACGACGAGCUCAACGCCAAUGCUCCGCACAAUGAUGUUGUCCAGGCUUUCAGCCGCCUGGCCGCCGUUGCGGGUACUUCCACCUGCCACUUGGCCAUGUCCAAGAAUCCCGUCUUCGUUCCUGGCGUUUGGGGCCCUUACCGAGACGUCGUUCUCCCCGAGUUCUGGCUCGCUGAGGGCGGACAGUCAGCCACCGGCGAACUGCUCCGCCAUGUCCUCGAUGUUCACCCAGCUUACAACGAGACUCUGGCCCUCGCCAAGGCGGAGGACAAGCAUAUCUACGACUUCCUCAAUGCUCACCUUAAUUUCCUGACUGAGAAGGCCAACGCCCCGGCUGUCUCCUAUCUUGCUCGCCACUACUUCUUCUACGGCGACUUCUGGGGUAACCGAUCCCCCAUUGCCGACCCCAACAUGAGAGGUUCCAUGAUCGGCCUCGACAGCGACAAGAGCACCGACAACAUGGCCAUGUGGUACUACGCCACCAUGGAGUUCAUCGCCUUCCAGACGCGCCAAAUCAUCGAGCAGAUGAACAAUGCCGGCCACGCCAUCACCUCCAUCUUCAUGUCUGGCUCCCAGUGCCAGAACCCCAUCCUCAUGUACCUCAUGGCGACCAUCUGCGGCAUGCCGGUCCUCAUCCCACGGUACGUCAACGCAGCCGUCGUCCACGGCGCGGCGAUGCUGGGCGCCAAGGCCGCCAGCCACAACAGCAGCUCCGAGCCCGAGUCGCUCUGGAGCAUCAUGGACCGCAUGAGCAAGCCCGGCCGGCUGGUCGAGCCCGGCACGGACGAGGGCGAGAAGGCGCUCCUCGACGCCAAGUACGAGAUCUACCUGGAGCUCUGCAGCCAGCAGCAGGCCUACCGGAAGAAGGUCGACAAGGCUGUUGAGAAGUGGGUGGGCGAGUUCGGCAGCGACUAG